GUAAAGUGAAACUGAAAGUAAAACAACUUUCAAACAGAUAAAUGCUUUUGCGGUCAACUUCACACUAUCUUUCAUGGUUACAGAAUGGACAUGUGAAGUGGUCGCAGCAAUGGAGACUCAAGGUGUUCUGCUUCUAAUUCUGCUACUUGUGCUGUGUGCUGUGUCCACCUGCUGGGGACAACAAGUCUACCUGACUCUGGGAUCUAGUCCUAGCAUCACUACUAACAACACUGAGAUCCUCAUCACUGCCAUUGGAGAGGAUGCUACUGGUGGUCUCCCUUCUCUCACCUGUCACACUGACCUCACUACCUGCUGUAGAAGUAGUGACAACAAUGGCAUGGGAGCACUAGGACAGUGGAGGUAUCCUGAUGGAAGUGUGGUACUGCAAAAUGGUGCCUCAGCGGCUGCUGGACAGCAGUUCUACAUUGUAAGGGGUAAACCUCAGGUCAUCAUACUAAAUCGUAGAGAGACUACCCUCACUCCAACCGGGUCCUACUGUUGUACUGUACCAACUAGUGGAGAAGAUAUGACCCUCUGUGCUAACCUGGUUGCCCCUAAUUCAGUCACAUGUUCUGAUAAUAUCCCGGCUAUAUCUAAUGGAGCCAUAACUUAUACCAGUGGAUCCACUAACAACAGACCAGUGGCCACUUACAGCUGCUUCAAUCCCUACACUCUGGUUGGAGUGUCAGUGAGGACUUGUGGGAGUGAUGGAGAGUGGAGCUCAUCACCAGCUCCAGUGUGUCAGAGUAAGGAAUGA